CCGGCGCCCACUUACCCGCCACCGCCGCCACCACCCGCUGGUCAGCUCCAGACGUCAGUGAUUAAGCUAACGCUCGCCAAACACAGUCAAAGCGAUUACGCCAACUACGAGACCGUCUCACAGAACCAGCAAAUGUUGUCCAGUUUCAGGCCGGCGCCCGACCCGGCGGCCGAACCGCAACCGCCGCCACCCCCUAAACCUCAAGUGACCGGCGCUGCGCCCAAAGCGCCGGCCCCUCCGCCCGGCUCUCAGCCCAAACAGACGGUCCCAAUGAAACCGGUGAAACAGCCCAACACCAGCUCUCAGACCACAUCCCUGUACACCCGUCAGGACACUAUUGAGAAGUUGGAGGAACAGCUGUCGGGCGCUAACAAACCACACAUACCGGAGCCCGACUACGACAGCGACGAGGAUCAGGACAUUCAACGCAACCGCGAUAUGAGUACGUUUAAGGCCAACAAUCAGACAAUGAGUGCCGACACGAGUGGAUCGCCGGCGGCGGCAAACGCUUCCGGCGGACGAAUGACACAAAGUUUUGCCGAAAAACUGCCAAAAAGUGCCACAAAUAGCGCCGCGACGACCGGCGCGACGGGACAGGUGUUGGCUUUUGGCGACGAGUUGAGGGCCCAGACCGAGAGGAUUAAGUCUAAAUCGAUGGCCAAUCAGUCGACAAACGAGUCCAUCGAGAGGUCGGUCGGCGGCGACAGUCGGAAGGGCAGCGACGCCAACGAUAACAAGUCAAAUGAUAACUCUCUGAGCGAUUCAAACUCCGGGACUAACGUCAGUAAAGUGAGGAAAAAUAUCCGCGAGUUUGAGCGCCGAUCCUCUAUUUGUGGCGACACUAUUGUCCCGCCG